AUGGUCCCCGCCGCCUGCGCGCUGCUCGGGGCCCUGCUGCUGAGCCUGGGGGCCCGGGCGGCGGGGGCCCACGCCCACGGCGCCACCCGGUCGCCGCUGACCACGUUCCACCCCGCGGGCCCCGGCCGCAGCUACCGGACCGCCGGCCGCACGGUUUUCUCCCCGCGGCCCCGCGCUUCCCACAGGGCGAGCGUCACGAUGGAGGACGAGGACGACGUGGGGGCCGCCGCCGACCGCCUGGCCGGCCCGGCCGCCGCCGAGCUCCUGGCCUCCACGGUGACCGGCGUGAGCCGCCUGCAGCCGGGCGAGGAGGACGAGACUCUGGAGGAGGGGGUCGUGAUCAACGCCAGCAAGGGGGGCCCGACCAGCACGGCCGAGGGGCCCAGCUCCAGGUUCCCUGCCAACAUCCAGGAGCCGGAAAUCAGGGUCACCGCCAGCCUGCAGCCGUCCAGCGCCAAGGCGGGCCUGGACAGCACCACGCACACCCUGACCACCGAGGGCACCACCCUCAGCCGCUGGACGACGGCCGGCUCCACCCCGAGCGGGUGGCCGGGGCUGUCGACCUCGCCCUCGGCCAUGCCGGCGCCCGAGGACCUGCACCUGGUGCUCAUGCCCUGGGGCCCGUGGCACUGCCACUGCAAGGCGGGCACCAUGAGCCGGACCCGGGCCGGGAAGCUGCAGGGCCUGUCGGGGCGCCUGCGCGUGGGCGCGCUGAGCCAGCUGCGCACCGAGCACCGGCCCUGCACCUACGAGCAGUGCCCCUGCAACCGCCACCUCGAGGAGUGCCCGCUGGACAACGGGCCCUGCUCCGAGGCCAGCUGCACCACCACCACCACCAGCAGCAGCAGCAGCAGCAGGGCCCCCAGCACCACCACCAGCAUGCCUCCCCUCAGCAGCAGACUCAGACCCAUGCCCCGGCCCUUGGAGGCCCCCAGCCACGACUCUGCCCUUGACUUCUGGAAGCGGGUCAGGCUGGGGCUGGAGGAUAUUUGGAACAGCCUCUCCUCAGUGUUCACAGAGAUGCAGCCAAUAGACAGAAACCAGAGGUGACGUCCACUCCAUGUGCAAGAAAAGGUGCCAGCACCUCAGCCUCGCCUCCCCUUUUAUUCCCAGCAUCCACUGGGUAUUUUUAGUAUAAAAAAACAGAACUAGAAAAAACAUUGUUUGGUCUUGUGUCUUUUUACAGA